AUUUAAAGGUUACUGGAUGCCAAAAGGAAUCAACUUCUUGGAUUGAGAAAGGCGUUAAUGCUAGAAAUAACUCCCCGCCGCCAUGUCUUCCCAAAACCACACCAAAACCCUCCUUUUCUCUCUUUUCCCUCUCACCAAAACUCUAACUCUCACCCAACAAAUCCACGCGUGUAUCGUUCUCCAUGGGUUCAACGGCUCCGUCGUUUUCGGUUCCAGGCUCACCGACGCCUAUAUCCACUUGGGUUCUCUGCAAUUUGCCCAGAAAACCUUCGAUGGCAUCACUCGCAAGAAUCUCCAUUCCUGGAACACCGUUAUCUCUGGGUAUUCAAACAAGAAGCUUUUCCUCGAUGUUUUACGCCUUUUUAGUCGAAUGCGACGGGAGAUUGUUGGGGUUGACAGUUUCAAUUUAGUUUUCGCAAUCAAGGCAUGCGUUGGACUUUCAUUCCUGAAAGACGGAAAACUGAUUCACUCUAUGGCUGUCAAGUUUGGGUUGGAAGGAGACGCGUAUGUAGCGCCUGCUCUUGGGAAGAUGUACGGUCAAUUGGGUUCUCUGAGAGAUGCUAGGAAAGUGUUCGACGGUUUUCCUGAGAGAAAUUCUGUUCUUUGGGGUACUAUGAUGGAAGGGUAUCUGAAGUCUUCUGACGAAUUGCAAGUCUUUGAACUAUUUCGUAGAAUGAAGGAAUCCGGUGUGGAAUUGGAUGCUUUUACGGUGGGAGGUUUGGUUCGAGCUUGCGGAAAUGUUUCUGCUGAUAAAGAAGGCAAGAUGUUUCAUGGUUUGUGUAUUAAAAAGAACUUCAUUGGUUCCAAUGUUUACUUGCAGACCUCCCUUAUAGAUAUGUAUCUGAAAUGUGGUUUGAUUGAUUUUGGAAUGAAAUUAUUUGAAGAUGCCAGUGAAAGAGAUGUGGUUUUGUGGAGUUCGAUGAUAUCGGGAUUGGCCAAGAAUGGGAAGGGGUUGGAGGCUAUUGCCUUGUUUAGAAAUAUGUUGCGGCAGCCUUUAACUCCAAACUCAGCUACCUUGAAUAGCAUUCUUCUUGCUUGCCCCUUAUGGGGUUCUUUGAAACAAGGGAAGAGUGUUCAUGGUUACAUGAUAAGAAAAGGAAUUGGCUUCGAUGAUGUAAAUUACACUUCUUUCAUAGACAUGUAUGCCAAAUGUGGUUCAGUUGCAAUGGCUCGAAAAGUUUUUGUUCAGAUGCCAUUGAAGAAUGUAGUUUCUUGGAGUGCAAUGAUUAAUGCUUAUGGAAUCCAAGGUUUAUGCUCUGAAGCUUUGGCUUGUUUUGACGAAAUGAGAUCGAAAAACCAAGUGCCUAAUUCCGUAACAUUCAUUUCAAUUCUGUCAGCUUGUAGUCAUUCUGGAAAGACUGAAGAGGGAUGGAAAUAUUUUAAAGAAAUGACUCAGGAUUUUGGGAUUGUUCCAACUCAGGAACAUUAUGCAUGUUUGGUCGAUUUAUUAGGAAGGGCUGGGAAGAUCGAUGAUGCUUUAUCCUUCAUUGACAGCAUGCCUAUAGAACCUGGUGCUAGUGUUUGGGGGGCUUUAUUGGAUGCAUGUAGAAUGCAUAGAAGGGUUGAAUUAGCUGAAAAUGUUUCCGAUAAGCUCCUUCCUUUGGAGACCAAUAAGGCAUCUGUUUAUGUUUUGCUUUCUAACAUCUAUGCUGAUGCUGGCAGAUGGGAAUCGGUGAAGAAAAUAAGGAAGAUUGGCAAGAGUGGACUGUGUAAGCAUAUCGGAUUUGCCGCAGUUGAAGUUGGGAAGAGGUUUCUCGUACUGUAGUGCCUAGGAUAGAUUAACUUGCAUAAACACACAUGCUGAGCAAGUUAUGACUGCAUGAAACUUCUGCAGUUCCCGAGUGAUAAAAGCAAGUCGAGAGGGUUCCUUGCUAGUGUGAUUUGAAUUCUGGAGUCGGAACUUGCUGCAUUGUACUCGCCCUCGGUAUACAGGAUGGUUUUGUUAUCUACCAUCUUAAAGAAGUGAUGAUUCCUCAUUGUAUAGUGUCAAAUCCCUUACACUUCUCAACAUCCCAGCAUUCACGAAUUCACGUGGAGAUUAGUCACAAACCCAUAACACAGAUGUAACUUGUUUAAACGAACUUUAU